AUGAAUUACGCCAGCAGAGGCAAACAUGAUCCGAAAGCGGAACGAAAUAAUCAGCAUUUAAAGGCACUGUUUUGGGUUCACUUUCACCGAAUGCCAUUCAAGGCGAUUCCAAAGAAGUUAAGUGUGGCACUUAUGGCACCAGUCGCUAAAAUAUCCAACUACUAUCCGGCAAAAGGUGGGUUGUCUGCAUACUACAGCCCGCAUAUGAUUAUGCAUCAACGAAUGGUUGAUGCCUCCAACGAAUUUGUCGCUGAGAUUGGUGCCUAUGUCCACGGAUAUGGUCAUGACACCAAGAAUAAUAUGGCUGCUCAAACGAUCGAAGGUGUUUACAUGGGACCCACCGACGAUAUUCAAGAAGGGCACCGUAUCUAUGAUCUGAACACAAAGUGCAAAGCACGACGUGCAAAAAUCAAGGUUCUUCCGAUGACUGACCAAGUCAUCAAGAUUAUCAAAGAAGACGCAAGAUUGGAAGGAGUGACGGAAUUGCGCACCUAUUCCAAGCGUAAUGGCGAGCUAAUCCUCGAUGGUGAUUUGCUCGCAGGAGUGGACCCAGAUGAACUGUGGGAUGAAAACUACGUACCAGUAAACGAAAUCGAAAGACUGAGUGAUGUAACCCUCCUAAAUGAAAAUAUUCCAGAUGACGAACUUGAUAAAUUACUAAUGGAUGCUGAAGCAGACAUCAUGGAAGCGAGGUUCGACAGGGACAGAAACCCAAGAUACGAUAGCAAAGCAAAUCAAUAUGAAGACGAGCUAGAAGACAAAAUGUUUGACAGAAUGUUCAAGAAGAUUAAGGCUAAACAAGAUGCUGAAGAUCUGAUGGACGAAGACUACCACGAACACGAAUGGAUAACUGACAAUGAAGACAUGGACUACGAAGACGAAUACGAGUCUGAACUAGACAAUGAAGAGACCAAGCAAAUGUUAGACGAACUGGCAGCUGAGUUAGUGGAACUUGGAAAACCAGACGAAGAAGAGGUUCUGUUCGAGUUUGAUGACGACACACUAGUGCUUCCCACAAUGUAA